CUUAUCGAAAUGUUGGGUGUUUUGGCGAGUUAUAGUAUUACAGUUAAAGAACUGAAAUUACUGUUUGGUACCAUGAAAGCUGUAAAUGGUAAAUGGCCUCGACACUCGGCAAAGCUGUUAAAUGUUUUAAGACAAAUGCCUCAUCGCAAUGGUCCGGACGUAUUUUUUAGCUUCCCAGGACGUAAAGGAUCUGCAAUGGUUCUACCACCGUUGGCUAAAUGGCCAUAUGAGAACGGUUUUACAUUUACAACAUGGUUUCGUUUGGAUCCUAUUAAUUCUGUGAAUAUUGAACGUGAGAAACCCUACCUCUAUUGUUUUAAGACAUCAAAAGGUGUUGGAUAUACCGCACACUUUGUUGGCAAUUGUCUGGUACUUACCUCAAUGAAAGUUAAGGGCAAAGGCUUUCAACAUUGUGUAAAAUAUGAAUUCCAGCCAAGAAAGUGGUACAUGAUAGCUAUUGUGUACAUUUACAACCGCUGGACAAAAAGCGAAAUAAAGUGCCUGGUUAAUGGACAAUUAGCGUCCAGUACUGAAAUGGCGUGGUUUGUUUCAACAAACGAUCCAUUUGACAAAUGUUAUAUAGGGGCUACACCCGAGUUAGAUGAAGAACGUGUCUUCUGUGGUCAAAUGUCUGCUAUAUAUUUAUUUAGUGAGGCUUUGACUACUCAACAAAUUUGCGCAAUGCAUCGUCUUGGGCCAGGUUAUAAGUCACAAUUCCGAUUCGAUAAUGAGUGCUAUUUGAACCUGCCGGACAAUCAUAAAAGGGUGAGUCAACAACAGUUACUACAACAACAACAAACACCAACCCAACAUACCGCCGCAUUGUUAUUAGCCGAAGCCGAUGUCCAAUCGAUUGAUUGGGCAGAUGAAAAGUUAGACCUGCAAGCUGCAUUUGCAAAGAUACGUACUGUGUUAGCAACUCGAAGUGCUAAUGCAAAUGCUGUCUUACAGGCCUUAACGGUUGGAGGUAGUGGUUUAACUGUAAAUUCAACAGAGAUCCACUCCUCAUCGGCUACGGUAAAUACAACAUUAGGCCAAACCAGUUUACAAAAUAACAGUAGUCCAAAUACAACAACCAUAGACGAAACGACAACAACAACUAGUGAAAGUCAUUUGACUAAAAUCACCGAUUCUUUAAAUCACAUGCCCAUUAGUUCGGCUUCCUCUCAUGAUCUUUUGCGUCGAAUGUCUUCUUCGUCUAUUAGCACUUUGGACUACAUGAGAUCCUUUGCUGGUGAUGUGGAAGAAAACAAUCAGUUAAAGGCUGUCCUAUAUGACGGUAAACUAUCUAACGCCAUUGUAUUUAUGUAUAAUCCAGUGGCAACCGAUGGUCAACUAUGUUUGCAGUCAGCACCUAAAGGAAAUGUAUCAUACUUUGUACAUACACCACAUGCACUUAUGUUACAAGAUGUUAAAGCUGUUAUUACACAUUCCAUACACUGUACAUUAAACUCUAUAGGUGGUAUUCAAGUUUUGUUUCCACUUUUCUCACAAUUGGAUAUGGCCCAUGAGGGAAUUGGCGAUAUGAAACGUGACCCAACAUUGUGCUCGAAGCUUUUAGGUUUUAUUUGUGAGUUAGUUGAAACUUCGCAAACCGUGCAGCAGCACAUGAUACAAAAUCGGGGGUUUUUAGUUAUAUCAUUUAUGCUGCAACGAUCGUCUAGAGAACACUUAACUCUAGAGGUGUUGGGCUCAUUUCUUAAUCUUACUAAGUAUUUAGUAACGUGUCUAUCGGCAAAUAGUGAUUUAUUGCUCAAGCAGUUAAACAUGGGCUUGCGAUAUCCCUUUAAAAAAUUUUACCAGUUGUUUUGUUUUUCGUUUUUAACGUGGCAGCUUUUGGAUCACGUUUUAUUUAAUCCAGCGUUAUGGAUUUAUACGCCGGCGAAUGUUCAAGCUCGACUUUAUUCAUACUUAGCUACAGAAUUUCUUAGCGAUACGCAAAUCUAUAGCAAUGUUCGACGUGUAAGUACUGUUUUGCAAACAGUACAUACUUUAAAAUAUUAUUAUUGGGUUGUGAAUCCACGUGCUAAAAGUGGUAUUAUUCCAAAGGGACUGGAUGGCCCCCGUCCAGCCCAGAAAGAUAUCUUAGCAAUACGCGCUUACAUUUUAUUGUUUUUGAAACAAUUGAUUAUGAUAGGUCAGGGUGUCAAAGAAGAUGAACUGCAAAGCAUUCUAAAUUAUUUGACAACCAUGCAUGAGGAUGAAAAUUUACAUGAUGUUUUGCAAAUGUUAAUAUCGCUUAUGUCUGAGCAUCCCAGUUCCAUGGUACCUGCUUUUGAUGUUAAACAUGGUGUUAGAACCAUAUUUAAACUUCUGGCUGCUGAAAGUCAAUUGAUACGCUUACAAGCCCUUAAACUGCUAGGAUUCUUUUUAUCGAGGAGCACUUACAAAAAGUACGAUGUUAUGUCUCCACACAAUUUAUAUACACUAUUAGCAGAACGAUUACUUUUGUAUGAGGAAUCACUGUCGAUGCCAACGUAUAAUGUUUUGUAUGAAAUUAUGACCGAACAUAUAUCACAGCAUAUAAUGUACAACCGACAUGCUGAACCCGAAAGUCAUUAUCGCUUAGAAAAUCCAAUGAUGCUGAAAGUAGUAGCCACUUUAAUUAGGCAAUCAAAACAAACUGAAUCUUUGAUUGAAGUAAAAAAACUAUUCCUGUCCGAUAUGACGUUACUAUGUAAUAGCAAUCGAGAAAAUAGACGCACAGUACUACAAAUGUCCGUGUGGCAAGAAUGGCUAAUUGCAAUGGCUUACAUUCAUCCUAAAAACACAGAAGAACAGAAAAUUUCCGAUAUGGUUUAUUCACUAUUUCGUAUGCUUUUACAUCAUGCCAUUAAAUAUGAAUACGGAGGCUGGCGAGUUUGGGUUGAUACAUUGGCCAUUGUCCAUUCCAAAGUUUCAUAUGAAGAGUUUAAACUACAAUUUGCUCAAAUGUAUGAGCACUAUGAACGGCAGCGAACAGACAACAUAACUGAUCCCGCCCUAAGACAAGCGAGACCGAUAAGUACCAUCAGCGGAUGGGAACGAGAAGAAUUACAGCAGCAACAACAUGGCAUUGUUCACGAUGCUCCGUCGGUUGCAUCCUUAGAAGAUGUUCCCCAAGUAGAUGAAGAUGGCGACGAUGAAAUAGAAACGGAAGAAUGUUUAAAUAAUAAUCCUGGGAAUGAAAUUCAUGAUGUCAAAACGGAAAGAAGUGAAGUUGAAGGAAAAUGUGAUUGCGCUCUUGAAUCCGAAUCAUGUGGGAAGUCAAUAGAUUCAACAAAAGACGCCAUCGACAAUGAACCUGUCAAGUCUAGUAUAUCAAGUGUGAGCGACGUUUACAAUGAACACAUAAAAUCUGAUAUAACUGUCACUGCCGUUAACUGCAAUGGUAACUCGCCCUCUUCUAAGAAUACCAGUGUCACCGCAACACCCGCCAAAACGAAUUCAUCCACAGGGCAGGAAGCUUUGAAAGAAACGUUAAAUAUCAGCGAUUUAGAAGAUCUUGAAAUUGAAAAUGCUAAAACAGAAUUAGAAAAUAAUAAUGCUCAUAUUGAAACAGUUUUACAAAAAUCUGAGAAAUCUUUAGCCGACUGCAAACAAUUAGCCGACGAAUUGCAGGAAGCAUCAUCAGUUAUAAAGGAUGAAGAAAUUGAGUUAGCCGUCAACGAAGUAGUACAGGGUGUAUUAAAUAAUGAGAAAAAACAAAUCAAAGAACCGUCCUCAGAACAUCCAUUAAAAGUGUCAAGUCAUACAAAAAUAACUCAGCUCAAUACCAAAAAUUUGUUAAACAACAAUAUUUUGGAUACAAAAGCUGACCAGUUACCAACAGAAAUAAACGCAAAUACUGACAAUACAAACGAUUUGCCUGAUAAAGAUGAAGGCCCGAAAAAGACUGAACAAACCCAGGUUACUAAAGAGAAUAAAUUGAAUAACAAUGCUACGUCGACAGCAACAGAUGAGGGUACAGUGACACCUACCGUCACUGACCAAGUACCAAAUGAUGUAGCCGAAAUAGAAGUCAGUUCGUCUUUAUCUACUACAGUUGAAACUACGGAAGAAAUAUCUUCGCUUAGUCCUGAAACAACAGUAUCAAGUGCUUCGAUGACGGAUGAAUCGUUGGUAAAUUUACAAGAAUAUACCGCUGAAGUCACCACAGUCAAAGACAUUGUUGAUGAAUUAAUAGAUAAAGUUAUUGAGAUUUCCUCAAAAGACCAAACUCUUGAACAAUAUGAAAACAACAAUCCUAAUAAUGCUUACAAAAAGAUCGAUGGAAAACAUAUGGAAACAAAUACUGAUACUGACACAGAUCUGUCACCGGAGGAAUUUCUUAACGAAACCGCUAAAGAAAUUAUUGAAGAUGUUAUACAAUCAGCUUUGGAUAAAGCUAUUUCAUUAGAUUCACCAUCUAUUAGAAAUUGUAAUAGUGAAGAGAAACUACGUGCAAAUGAAAGCGAAAAUAAUCAAAAUGUGGUUAAUAUAGUGCAAACUGUUGUUGAUGAUUUGGUAGAAAAAACCGUUUCCGCAAUAGUAGACUCGGCAGAGAAAAAUGUGUUAGAGGAAGAAUCUGAAAAUCAAAAUUUGUUAGAAUCAGAAAAAUUAGAUUUAAUAUCUCAUACUGAUGACAACACUAACAAAAUACAACAUGAUUUAGCACACGAUAGUAUUAGCCAGGAGACUCAAACCAAUCAGUCUAUAGACUACACCGAAGAACCUGUAUCAUCUCAGGAUACUCAUCAGCAACCUCAACAGAAACAACAAAGUGCCAGUACACAGGUUGAAAACCAACAUUUCGAUGAUACGAAACAACACGGCUAUCCACAACAACAACAAUCGCAGCAUCAACAGCAACGUCCCAAAUCUGGUUCAACUCGUCCUAUGUUUAGCCCUGGUCCCACUCGUCCGCCUUUCCGUAUACCAGAAUUCAAGUGGUCAUACAUUCAUCAACGAUUGCUGUCAGAUGUUCUCUUUUCUUUGGAAACUGAUAUACAAGUCUGGCGCUCACAUUCUACAAAGAGUGUAUUGGAUUUUGUCAACUCCAGCGAAAAUGCAAUAUUUGUUGUAAAUACAGUACAUUUGAUAUCGCAACUAGCUGAUAACUUGAUAAUUGCCUGUGGUGGCUUAUUGCCUCUGUUGGCCUCUGCAACUUCGCCAAAUUCUGAACUUGAUGUUCUUGAACCAACUCAAGGUAUGCCCCUUGAAGUUGCCGUUUCAUUUCUGCAGCGUCUUGUUAACAUGGCUGAUGUAUUAAUUUUUGCAACGUCUUUGAAUUUCGGGGAACUGGAAGCCGAAAAGAAUAUGUCUAGUGGUGGCAUAUUAAGGCAGUGCCUACGCUUAGUUUGUACUUGUGCAGUACGCAAUUGCCUCGAAUGUAAGGAACGUACACGAUAUAAUGUUGGUGCAAUGGCAAGAGAUGUGCCUGGAGCUGCCCACUUACAAGCACUUAUACGUGGUGCUCAAGCUUCACCAAAGAAUAUUGUUGAAUCCAUAACAGGCCAGUUGUCCCCAGUUAAGGAUCCAGAGAAAUUGCUACAAGAUAUGGAUGUAAAUCGAUUGAGAGCUGUUAUAUACAGGGAUGUUGAGGAGACAAAACAGGCUCAGUUUUUGUCCUUGGCGAUUGUGUACUUUAUUUCAGUUUUAAUGGUGUCGAAAUAUCGUGACAUCCUAGAGCCCCCAGCUGAGCCUCAAGUUCAAAGGCAAUCACCUGUUAUGCAAAGAUCUACUGGCGAAUCGUCAGGUCGUCCAUUGUUUCCACAGUGGUCACACCAUGUGUACCCACAAUUUCUGCCAGGAACACAUCAUAACCAUAUAACAGAAUCAAAUAUGCAACAACAGCCUACAAUGCAACAUCAACCACAUCACCAACAACAACUAUACUAUCAACAACAUAUGCCAUCGCCGCCACAUCAUCCUCAGCUUCAGCAACAACAAACAAGUAACUUACAACACAAUCAUCACCACGUAACACAUCAACAUCAGCUGCAGCAGCAUCAUCAACAAUAUUACCAAAGUCAUAAUCACACUAUAAGUACUACUUCUUAUGCAACCCAUUGCCCGUCACCACCUAUCGCAACACAAUCGACAAGUCCUUCUACCUCUUCAACAAAUACAUCCCAGCCAGCAUCAACGUCUUCUCUUUCAAGUUUGGCUUCACAGCCUCAUCAUAGACAUGGACAAAAACAUCAGUACCAUCUUCAACAACAACAGUCUACAGCAUCGGGUCACUUCAGUAUGAUGAAUGGUAAUCAAGCGUUAAAUGGUAAAAUUUCAACACCCCAACAAAAUCAACAACAACAGCAAGAUCACAAUGGAAUCAUCGGUAGUGCAGUAAGUGGAAGUAGUGGUGGAAAUGUUGGAAUCGAUAUGGGUAGUAUGUCUUAUCACCAUCACUCGCAACAAUCAUACAUGCGUACACCGUCAGGCUUGAUGAUUAAUGGUAUAAAUGGUACCACAUCUCACCCGAACGGCAUAGUUGAUUAUCACACACAACACGUUGUGAUAAACGGUCUUGUUACCAAUACCGUUGCGAAUGGUAACGGCAGCUUCGGCUGUGGCAGCAAUAAUAAUGGCAAUAAUCACAAUUCUAUGCCCAUUAUAAAUAAUGGCCGUCAUAUACGUAAUGGUCAUGUUUUGGGAUCAGGUGCUGUUGUUAGUGGUGCUGGUGGAAUGCAUGUAGGUGGUUUAGGAAUAACUGCGUCAUCUGCAGCAGCAUCAUCAGCAGCAUCUUUAGGAGCUACGGUAUAUAAAAACAAUAACGGCAUUAAUAACAAUUAUCGCUAUAAUGGCCGUACCCCAACUGGAACAGGCGGACGAACUAUCCAUGACGGAGACUACGAAAUCAUUGUUGUUGAUGAAAAUAAUCCAUCUGUGUUAGCAGAUAAUGAUUCGCAUUCUAGUGGACCACCUUCAAUAAAGAGUGAUUCAGAAUGUAAUUCACUGAAUAUGAACUCAACUGAAAACGAAGUUCCUGAAGUGGAAUCAUCAAGUGAAAUUAUGGUUGAUGAUGGUAAGCCCAUGAAUUCAAAUGAUGAAAGCUGGACAGAUGUCAAUUUAAAUGAAGAUGCAAGUGUACAGGCAUCAGCUACAGGUAUAAUGUCGGGUGAUGCAAAGAUACGAGUCAUGGGUGGUAUGCAUUCAGCACAUGCCAGUCAUAUGCAAAAUACUUCACAUGUCGGUGGCGGCGUCAACGAAAGAGGAGAUAAACCGGAUUCAGAAAUAUCUGUAGUUCGAGUGCCAGAUGGUUAUGUAAAUGCAACAGGCGUAUCUGGUAAUGGAGGAAAUGUUGGUGCACAAAGAAAUUCAAGAGCAGAGGACUUGCCUAUGAAACCACCAUUAGUCGGCCAAUUACCCAUGACUACUCCUUCUAGAGAGGCUAGUCUCACGCAGAAGUUGGAAGUAGCAUUGGGACCAGUAUGUCCUUUGCUAAGAGAAAUUAUGGUGGAUUUUGCACAUUAUUUGUCCAAGACUUUGGUGGGCUCUCAUGGACAGGAGUUGCUGAUGGAAGGCAAGGGCUUGACUACAUUUAAGAACUCACACUCUGUAGUGGAGCUGGUGAUGUUGCUUUGCUCUCAGGAGUGGCAAAACAGUUUGCAGAAGCAUGCAGGACUUGCUUUCAUUGAACUUAUUAACGAGGGUCGCCUACUGUCGCAUGCCAUGAAAGAUCACAUAGUGCGAGUAGCAAAUGAAGCGGAAUUUAUUUUAAAUCGUAUGAGAGCAGAUGAUGUUCUAAAACACGCAGAUUUCGAGUCGCAAUGUGCACAAACUUUGUUAGAAAGAAGGGAGGAAGAACGGAUGUGUGAUCAUUUAAUUACUGCAGCUCGCCGAAGAGAUAAUGUCAUUGCCAGUAGAUUGUUAGAAAAAGUUCGCAAUAUUAUGUGCAACAGGCAUGGUGCCUGGGGGGAUUCUUGUGGUAAUGUCCAAAAGCAAACUUACUGGAAGUUGGAUGCCUGGGAAGAUGAUGCCAGAAGACGUAAACGUAUGGUACAAAAUCCCAGAGGCUCGUCUCAUCCUCAAGCCACUUUGAAGGCUGCGCUAGAAAAUGGUGGUCCAGAAGAUGCAAUUUUACAAACUCGGGAUGAAUUUCAUACACAAAUAGCUGUUAGCCGUGCUCACCAAGCUACCCAACACACUGCCGAUCUUUUAGACGAUGCUGAACUUCUAAUAGAAGACCGAGAACUCGAUCUAGAUUUGACUGGCCCGGUUAAUAUUAGCACUAAAGCGAAACUUAUAGCUCCAGGACUAGUUGCUCCCGGUACUGUUUCCAUAACAAGUACGGAAAUGUUCUUUGAGGUUGAUGAAGAACACAACGACUUCCACAAAAUAGAGGCUGAAGUUCUCAAGUACUGUGAUCAUUUACAUGGCAAAUGGUACUUUUCUGAAGUUAGAGCCAUAUUUUCACGACGAUACCUCCUGCAAAAUGUAGCUCUGGAAAUCUUUUUAGCCUCUCGCACUUCAAUUUUAUUCGCGUUUCCUGACCAACACACCGUAAAGAAGGUUAUUAAGGCUCUGCCGCGCGUAGGAGUGGGUAUAAAAUAUGGCAUUCCACAGACUAGACGAGCUUCGAUGAUGUCGCCACGUCAGUUGAUGCGUAACUCGAAUAUGACCCAAAAAUGGCAGCGCCGUGAAAUUUCCAAUUUUGAAUACUUAAUGUUCCUUAAUACCAUAGCAGGUCGCACAUACAACGAUUUAAAUCAAUAUCCCAUUUUCCCUUGGGUAUUGACUAAUUAUGAAACCAAAGAUUUAGAUCUCAGUUUACCGUCAAACUAUAGAGAUUUGUCGAAACCUAUAGGAGCUUUAAAUCCAUCAAGAAGAGCAUACUUCGAAGAAAGGUAUGAAUCUUGGGAAAGUGAUACAAUACCACCAUUCCACUAUGGAACUCACUACUCCACUGCAAGUUUUACACUUAAUUGGUUGGUAAGAGUGGAACCUUUCACAACUAUGUUUCUUGCGCUGCAGGGAGGUAAAUUCGAUUAUCCUGAUCGUCUUUUCUCUUCCGUUAACCUCUCAUGGAAGAAUUGCCAACGCGACACUUCAGAUGUCAAAGAGCUUAUACCAGAAUGGUACUUCUUGCCGGAGAUGUUUUACAAUUCUUCAAGUUAUCGAUUGGGUCACCGUGAGGAUGGAACGAUGGUCAAUGAUGUUGAACUGCCGCCUUGGGCAAAGACGCCUGAAGAGUUUGUGCGCAUCAACCGCAUGGCCUUAGAAUCGGAAUUCGUCUCAUGCCAAUUACAUCAAUGGAUUGAUUUAAUAUUCGGCUAUAAGCAGAGAGGACCUGAAGCUGUUCGGGCCACCAACGUAUUCUACUACUUGACAUACGAAGGUAGUGUAGAUUUAGAUGCAAUAGGAGAUCCUGUUAUGAGGGAGGCUGUCGAAAAUCAAAUACGCAACUUUGGCCAAACACCCAGUCAAUUGCUUAUGGAACCUCAUCCACCCAGAAGUUCGGCAAUGCACUUAUCUCCGAUGAUGUUCAGUGCAAUGCCCGAUGAUCUAUGCCAAAUAUUGAAAUUUUAUCAAAAUUCUCCAAUUAUUCAUAUAUCAGCAAAUACGUAUCCACAACUAUCGUUGCCUUCCGUUGUUACUGUUACAGCAGGACAUCAAUUUGCUGUAAACCGGUGGAAUUGUAAUUACACGGCUUCCGUCCAAAGUCCUAGCUAUGCAGACUCUAGCCAACAGCAGGGAGCUAUGAAACCUUUAACAAUUGAUCCCGUUUUAACUGCUCAACAUACAGCCAACAAUAAUCCAAUGAAUCGCAGACAUUUAGGAGAUAAUUUCAGCCAAAUGUUAAGAAUAAGAUCCAAUUGUUUUGUAGUUACCGUAGACAGUCGUUUUCUUAUUGCUUGUGGAUUUUGGGAUAAUAGUUUUCGAGUGUUUAAUACUGAAUCAGCUAAAAUCGUGCAAAUAGUUUUUGGCCAUUUUGGUGUCGUGACAUGUUUGGCACGAUCUGAGUGUAAUAUCACAUCAGACUGUUAUAUAGCUUCAGGUUCCGCCGAUUGUACUGUGCUGCUGUGGCACUGGAAUGCUCGCACACAAAGCAUAGUAGGAGAAGGUGAUGUUCCUACACCCAGAGCAACUUUAACUGGACACGAACAGGCCGUCACUUCGGUUGUGAUAAGCGCAGAAUUAGGUCUAGUGGUAUCAGGUUCUACAAAUGGACCUGUUCUAAUUCAUACAACUUUCGGUGAUCUCUUGCGUUCUUUGGAUCCCCCAAUGGAUUUCCACUCCCCAGAAUUAAUUGCAAUGUCACGUGAAGGUUUUAUUGUUGUCAAUUAUGACAAGGGUAAUGUGGCAGCCUAUACUAUAAAUGGAAAAGAACUAAGACACGAAACCCAUAAUGAUAACCUACAGUGCAUGUUACUCUCACGCGAUGGUGAAUAUUUAAUGACAGCUGGCGAUCGUGGUAUUGUUGAAGUUUGGCGUACUUUUAAUUUGGCUCCGCUUUACGCUUUUCCAGCUUGCAAUGCUGGUAUUCGAUCAUUGGCUUUAACCCAUGACCAAAAGUAUUUACUCGCUGGUCUGUCUACUGGUUCAAUAGUUGUAUUUCAUAUUGAUUUUAAUCGGUGGCAUCACGAGUAUCAACAGCGCUAUUAAAUCUGCUAUAAUUUCGUCAUUAAAUCAAAAAGAAAUAACACUUUAUAAAAACAUUAACAACAUCGGGUGCAAAUUUUUAGUUCAUACGUACUUAUAUUUCUACAUAAUUUUAGUUCCAUCCGUAUCUGUUUUUUAAUGAAAGUUAAAACUUAUUUGAUUUCUUUAGGUAGAGAGUAUAAUAUUUCAACAAAAAUUACUUUUAUUUUGCUUUAACAUUAACAUUCCAAAGUAAUAAUGAACAAAAAAUAUAAUUGAAAAGGAACCAUGUUCCAAAUAAUUUUAGACAUUAUCUAACUUCAAAAUGAAAACACUAAACAUAGCAUAAAAUGAGUUACAAUUGAAACUAAGUGGCCAAAUGUGAACGUACUAAAGUAGUAUUAAUACAAAACAAAUUAUAAUUAUAAAAAAUAACAAUUAAAUAAAUUAAAAAAUCAAGUGUUAAAGAGCAUUUAGUGUUAACUAAAAAAACCUCUUAAGGCUUAUAUUAGAAGGUUUUUAAAUUAAAUACAAUGCACUUUUAAUUUUUAUACAAAAAAAUUUAAAAAAAUCUAGACACACACACUCUGACAUAUACAACGCAACAGCUACAAACUUUUGUACAUAAAAAAUAAUACAUAUUUUUUAAUAUACUUAAAAUAAAAUUAAUAUUUCCUUUAAAAACGUUGCAAAUAAACAAAAAAUAAAUUUUAUGUUUAAAAUUCGUCCAUUAUAAAAAAUAAUAUUAAGAAAUACAUAAACUUUGAGUGUUUUAUACAUAUGUAUGUGUGUGUUAAGUAUUCAGAAAAAACGUCCAAUUAUUUUUUGUUGUUGUCUAUGAGACUUUGUUUCUUUUAGUAUAUCCUUAACUUAUUCAUCCCCAAGCCCUCCAGAGUUGGGUUAUUAAAAACCCUUUUUUCACCCUCUGUGUAAUUAUUUAAUCGUCUUUAAUCCUAUGAAAUUGGUUGUUAUCUUUUUACAAAUGUAAACAUACAAAUGCACUACUUCUGUACAAUAUAGUCAGCUGAAAUGCAUUUUCAGAUUAAUUAAAAACAUAUUUGCAAUUAUAAAAUAUUUAUAAGAUAUGACUUUUAAUAAAAUAUGUCACAAUUAACUUCAAAACUUGUUAAAUUUUUGUUAUAAUUACAAGAAUUUGUAUUUCAGCUAAAGAUAUUUAUAUAAAGUAGGCUUUUCUUAGAAAUAAUUUUUAAAUAAUAUUUAGUUCAACACUAGGAAAUUUGUAAAACUACAUUAUGUAAAAAACUUAACCAUUAAUUUGAAAAAUAUCGUCGUACGCACCAUACUUAUUGUGUUUUGAUUAUUGAUUACUAGUUUUUAUCGCUUUAUCAUAAUUAUACAUAUAUUUUUUUUAUGCCAAACCUGAAUGAUUAAAACUUUUCAUGAACAAGAAAAACAAAAAUCACAACACGCGCAUUUUACUGAAUAUUUUUAGUGCAUGAAUGUAUUUAAAAAAUACAUAAAAACAAUUUUUAAUGUAAUUACAACUAUUCUGUCCACAUUGCAAUUUUUUAUUCAUGUUUAAAGAAAAAAAAAAAUAAAUACAAAAUUAUUAUAAUUAAAACACGAAAAAAGAUGAAAGUAAAAUAGAUACAUAUGUUUAUGUAAAUAAGUAAUAACUAACUAAUACUAUUUAAAUAUUAUCAUAAAGGUGAGGGGUUUGUUUUCAAACAAAUAAAUUUAUUUCAACAAAAUAAUAAUUAAUGUAAAUAUAGCUUAGAGAUUCAAAUAAAAAUUAAACGAUUAAAGGUUAUGUACUUAUAAUAUGCCAAUGAAUAUUUUUUGAUUUAUUUCUUUUUUCUUAUAAAUGCAUACAAACAAGUAUGCAUACAAGCAAACAAACAUACAUCUAUUUACAUCGUACAUAUUUAGAAACAAAAACAAUAAUAUGAAUAUAUUGUAAAAGCGUUGCCUCAAACUUUUAUUAUUGAAAAUUAAAAGCGGCUGAAUAGUACUUUUAAAUAAAUCAAUUUAUUAGCAUACAAGCACUACAAAGUUAUAAUUACCAAAAAUAUCUUGUUUGGGAAACGAUAAGAAAUCUAUCAACAUACAUACAAAAGUAAUUGAAAUAAAAAGUUUAAUUAAUAGUCCCAAAAUUUAACAUAGCUUUUUUGCUGCAAAAGAAUUUUUAGGAUAUCAAAAAAAAAGUAAAAUAUUAAAUAUAUUUUGUCAAUCAUGUUAAAAAUUUAUUAAAACAAAGUAAUCAACACACACAAUUAAGUCAUGUGAAGCCUAUAACUCUUAUGUGCAAAUGCAAAACAAAUUAUACUUAAAAUUAUACAAAAAUAAAUUACAGAAAAUAUUUCAAAACCAAAUCAGUAAUGGUGAAGAUUUAUAAAUUAUUAGAAUACUUGAAGACAUAAAAAUUAUUUAAAAUUUGAUAAAAAAAAAUUAAAAUAAAAUAAAAUAAAGCGAUAAAUAAACACAUUUUCACACUGACAGCACACACCCACACACAUUCAAGCAUGGGAAAACACAAUGCAUAUGCUAUGAAAAUAAGUAAUUAAUACAAUUAAUAUGAUUAUGUUCAAUAAAAUAAAUUCAAAAGACAA